UGUCUGGGAUCGAACCCUGGUCGUCCGGUCUGUAGCCAGUCACUAUACUGAGCUACGCCAUUAUAAUGUGUCUAAUUAUCUAAACAUAGUGCACUCUAAUCUAUAGAACCGUGAUUGCGGUCCUGUGGUUUAAAAAACGUUUGCACAGCCCUGAUGCAGAAUAUCCCCGUUUGAAGUGCUCGUGUUUAUAUUUAUUUCGUUUGAUUUAUUGUCCCACUUUGUAACUAGGCGUUGCAGGGCCUAACGGGAACUGUAUAAAAACAUUACUGUUCUAUUUUAAGAUCCUCCGAUAUCCUUCAUGUCUGGUGAUAAACAGUAACUAAGAAGUCAAGAGACCCAACUGCACAGAGAGACUGCUACUGCAUAGAAGAUACAAAUCGCCAUUUUUCAUGUGUACGCACUGUUCGAUAUGUUCAAGUGCAGUAUGGAGUACCGGAACACGUUUGAGUAUUUAUCGAUUCGGAAUUUGAAAAGGAUGUAAAAUGUCGCGGAAACAGAUUUAUGUUUACUUACUUAACUAGUUUGAAAAUAAAUAUAACUUCGCGAAAGAAGUAAACUGAAGCAACAUUGCCUGACUCAAGGAUCCUGCCACCACAUAUCUUCUAAUAACGCCUGUAGGACUGGUGAUUAUUACAAAUUUGUGGUUACAAAGUUAUUGCACACGCCAUAUCGAGUAUUCUGAACUGAUUAUAUGUUCAAGCAGCAAGAAACACUUUUACAGUUUCAGUGAAGACUGAUAUUUUGAAUUGUUCUUUCUUCAUCUGCAUCGGAAUUUUAAUCAUCGAAAGAUGUUUAAUUCAUAUCGAAGUUGUGUGAUGCCUUAUGAAGAAGAAAUUAUUAAGGCAGACGAGUUGGGGAAAGAUGAUUGUAUACUGGAACCAGAAGUAAUUGUGACAGUCAAAGAAGAGGUUAAAGAUGGGGAAGACAGUGGUAAUUCUGUCAUUGCAGCCCAACACGACUGUGCCAUAUCUUCUAAUGAGAACUUCGAGUUUGUGGUGGUGAAAGAUGAACCACAGGAUGUUUCUUGUGGGGAGGAUGAUGGUCUCAGCAUUGAAGUAACAGAGAGGAAUGCAUUUGGUGUUUCAGAACAUGGUUUACUGCAAGGAAAGGCAAGGAAUCAGGGAGAAGUUAAACCUGAUAAAACUCAAUCUAUUGGCCUAGGGGUUGGAGCUGACAAAAUCCAUGAUAGGAGUCAGCAGAUUGCACCUCCUACAGUUCAGGAACCACUGGCUGGCCCUUCAACCAGUGGAGUUGAGAAGGUCAUUUCACAAAAUGACAUCAAGCCUAUUGGAAUGCAAAAGUCAAGCAGUAUUAGACUUCAAAGAACAAUUGGCAAAUUUAUAUGCAAACACUGUGGAAAUAUAUUUGAGACAUUUGUAGAAUUUGAACUUCAUGUCAAAACACACUUCAGUGAAAAACCAUUUACUUGUCCAUGUGGCAGAAGUUACAUGCACAAAGGACAUCUCAAGGAACAUAUGUUGACUCACACUGACCGAAAACCACACAUGUGCACACAAUGUGGUAAAAGUUUUGCACAUAAAGGUGACCUAACUAUUCACAUGAGAAUUCAUACUGGUGAAAAACCCUAUUCGUGUACAGAGUGUGGAAAAAGUUUCGUUCAAGGCGGACAGUUGAAAAUGCAUAUGAGAACACACACAGGUGAGAAACCAUAUAGUUGUUCUGUUUGUGGUAAAAGUUUCGUACAAAAGCACAAUAUGCUAGAUCAUAUGUUCCUACAUACGGGAGAGAAACCAUAUAGUUGUACAUUGUGUGGUAGAAGUUUUGUUCAAGGUUGUCAUUUGAAAGAUCAUAUGAAAACUCACAGUGGGGAGAAGCCUCAUUCAUGUAGCUUUUGUGGAAAAAGUUUCUUGCAGAAUAGUGAUUUAAGAGUUCAUGUUAGAGGUCAUACAGGUGAGAAACCAUUCAGCUGUAGUCAAUGUGGGAAGAAUUUUGCUCGCAGUGGAGUUCUGAAGAGACAUAUGUUAACUCAUACUGGAGAAAAACCAUACAAGUGCUCUCUCUGUGGUAAACAGUACACUCAAAGUAGCAAACUUAAGCGCCACAUGAUGAUACUACAUAAUAAGGAGAUUGUUCCUGAGACCACAAAAGUUCUUCUUUUGCCGAAUUCUUGCAACAGAGAAGAAAUACACCAAGAUGAUAAUAAUGAAGAGAGCAGAGUCCCUGAUAAGAGAGAGGGUAUAGGUCCUGAAAAAAUAACUAAGGAAUGUAUAUUACCUCAUUGGUUCACUGUUGUGACAAUGGCAGAUUACUCCAUACAUGAGCAACUGUUGGAGCCAGAAAUAAUUCUCACAGUGAAGCAAGAGGAAGAAGUGGAUCAUUGUUCAAGCUCUUCAAAUUUUAGUACCAUUCAGAAUUACAAAUAUACGUUGAUCAAGAUGGAUUCUUCAGAUAAGCUUUCAGCAGGUGAUGUCAGCUGUGCAUCACAUUUUGGAAACAAAUUGAGCUUUUGUGAAUAUGUAGUAAAGCAGUCAGGUGAGAACCCUGGUACUUCACUUUCACUACAAAAUCCCAAGAUGUCAACUGUGGACAGCCAACCCAGCAACAGGCCACAUGUGUGUGAUGUGUGUGGAAAGGACUUUCUGCUGCGAAGCAAUCUCAAGCAGCACAUGUUGGUGCACACAGGCAUUAAACCCCAUGUAUGUUCAGAAUGUGGAAAGGGCUUCACACAACUCAGCAAUCUCAAGACACACUCCAUAGUGCACACAGGGGAAAAGCCACAUAAAGCACAUGAAUAUAUACACACAGGGGCAAAAAAGAGACACAUAUGUGAGACUUGUGGGCAGGGAUUCUACCAGCAUGGAGAUUUAAAAACUCACAAAUUAAUACACACAGGUUAUAAACCUCAUGUCUGUAGUGAGUGUGGAAAGGGUUUCAUCAAGAGAGGUGACUUGAAUAUUCACAUGGUAGUACAUAGUAAAGAACGACCUUUUGAAUGUGAAGUUUGUGGGAAGACCUUUGCUCGCAGAUGGAAUCUCAUUAAUCAUGCUGUAAUCCAUGCAGAGAAGAAACCAUAUGAGUGUGGCGAGUGUGGGAAAGGGUUUAAUCAACUUGCAGGCCUAAAAAUACAUACAAUCAUUCACACUGGUGAGAAACCACAUGCUUGCAGAGACUGUGGCAAGAAGUUUGGUAAUAUAGGUGCUUUGAACAGGCAUGUCAUAAUACAUACUGGAGAGAAACCAUUUUCUUGUAAUCUGUGUGGGAAAACGUUUGGUUUGAAACACCAACUAACAAGACAUACUGCUAAGCAUAUUGUUGAUAAACUUGUAUGAAUGUCUAUACCAGGACUACUCCCUAUCACAAACAUGAUAGAUUUUCCAAAAUGUAGGUACCUACCUACAAGUCUACACGCCAUUACAGCCAAGAAGACCAAUAUUGUUACCAUAUUUUAUGGUCCAAGCUCUAAAUUUUCUUGUUAAGAUGUACAUUUCUAGCAUUCAUCCUCAUACAUCUCAUAAAAAAACUAAAAGACUUAUAGUAAUUCUUCCCAACCUAGGGACAAUACAAAAGCAACUUUGUAUUAUACCCACAGUGCCAGUCAGGACUUGGUGUUGAAUAAAAAAUUCCAUCCUUGUUGGGAACUAAACUUGAGUGAUCUAAUUAUUAUAUUAACUGAGUUGUCUUGAAUCAUGCAAUCAGUGAGUGUGGUUGACAAUUCUCUGUAAGAUCAGAAAUCAGUCGUACUUGAUGUAUAAUUUCUGUCAGGUGUGUUAUCAACUCAGAACAAAUCCAAGUGGGCUUGUCAGUAUAAUGAUGAUGCACAAAAGUUAUAAAUUUGUCAGAUUUUUAAAUUCAUUAGUGUCCACCAGUGUCGUAAAUUUCAUUGUCAUUAUUAUUUUGAAAAUGUCUAUCCAUCUAAUUUUAGCAUUGAUAUCUAAAGCAACAUUUUCAUUAGUUUCCUAUUAAUCCAGUCACAUAUGCAUUACAAUUCCUCAUGGAAGCUAUCUUCUUCAUCAUUUGUUUUUCCUAUUUAAUACAAUUUUUAUUCUUAGGCCAUUUAAGUUUCACUGUUAUGCUAGUAUCUGUGUAUUAAUUAGUAUAACUACAUGUUUAAUAUUCUUUGGUUGUGUAAAUCACUGUUGAUAUUUACAGAACAGUGGAGACAGAAAUGCCCUUUUUUAAUGUCCUGUAAGUUUCUUUCAACAUUUCUUAAAAAUAAAACAGAAAUACACCAAGGGCUCAAGAAGGAAUUAAUCUCAUGGUCAGGUUCCACUUUUCUUGUAGUGAACACGUGGUUCACAGUGGUGAUAAAAUUAAGAGAUCCUAAAUGCUGUAAUAAUAGGAUGUUAAUA